UUGAGUGGUGUAUAAGUGUGGUGAAGGUUGGUGAUGUGAGAGUGGCGGCGGGUGAGUGUUAGCCCACUCAUCACACUCACUAGCCACAAUAGCAGCAUCUGAUCCCUCUCACCACCCCCGCCAUCACCCUCACUUGUUCACUGUUUCCAGCCAUAUUGAAGCGCUUCUCCGCAGUCUCGUGUGUUUACACUCUCUUUCUGUUUAAUCAUGAGCUAGUGGGAUGUUUUAUCUAGUGACACAAGUGAGUAGAACAGUCGAGUGCAUUUAAUGGCGGCUGGUGGACAGUGAAUGAUGAUGAGUGGAGGAGAUACAGUGGUUGAAAGUUAGUGAAGGCGGUGGUAGCGUCCACUUCUCUGAUGGUGAAAUGAGGCAGGCAGUGAGAAGAAUUUUGCUUAACAUUUUGUCCUGUUUAGCCAAGUCUGCAUUUUCUUAAUUUGUAAGCCAGAUUUGAAAAGCCCUUGAAAUUAGUCAGAAGUACAUACAAGUAUCAGCUCUUGUACAACAAACACCAAUGUUACAGUUUUGUAAGAAUAUUACGGAGAGUAAUUGGGAUGGACCCUCUCUUCCUUAACCUUGGACUGCCACAGCAGGCAGCUGCAGUGGCUCCAGCAUCUACUCCUCCUGUGACCAGUCAAGUGAAUGGCCUGCCACAGGAGUCGAAACUUGCCACUUAUAUAAGUAAUCGCCAGCAGUUGUCAGCAUCAGCACAGCAGCAGCAACAGCAGGAGCAACAAUCUCUAACUAAAAGUGUUGCUGCACUGAGCCUUGAUGGAGUUAGUACAAGAAAAGUUAAUGUGCCUGCAGUGAGCAGUGUUGCUGAAUUCAUACCAGGGCCAGGUGGAGGUGGAGGUCUUGCCCACUCAUCCUCCACCCCAUCUUUCCACUCAUUCUCAGGCCUUGGCUCACCCAGCCUCUCCACUCCAUCCUCCUUGGGUUUUUCUCCCAUGACACGGUCUUCACCGGCUGCAACGAUAGCAUCCCCGCAGAGACCGAUAUCGCCUCAGGAUUCCCCGAGCAGAGGACGAUGUUCCCCACAAAAUAGUGGAGAGGACAAUAAUGCUUCCAAUUUGUCCACCUAUCAGGAAAAUGUUGGGGGGACAACCUACUUUUUUACUACACAAGACCAGCCCUCGUUUGGAGCUAGUGCAGCUACUGCAUCUCCGGCUUCAUUCACUGCUGGUCCUCCACCAGCUCUUGUGUUCCCACCAUACCAUAUUUUACCGCCCACGCCUGCCCAUGUCCAUCACUUGAGGGCUCCCAACAAUACCCCACACUUCUUUAUGGGUGAUGAAUUGCGAAAUGAAAUACUGGAAAGACAUGCAAUUACGCUGGCGCAUGUUGACCCAGAGCAGUUUUCUGAUUUACCUCAGGAAAUCGAUAUGUACCAUGAGCUAGUGCCAUUGGAGCCUCAACACACCGUAAACAAAUCAUCAAUUUUUGGUUAUGCUUCCUCUGUGUAUAAGGGUACCAAUAUCAAGACUGGGCUACAUUAUUGCCUUUACCGUAUCCAUGGAUUUCGGUUGAGCAACGUUAAAGUCACUCAGCUAGUGGAUCUAUGGAAGAAGUUACAACAUUCCAGUGUGACACAGUUGAGAGAAGUCUUCACUACUAAGGCCUUCAAUGACAAUUCCAUAGUGUUUGUUUAUGACUACCAUGCUGGUGCGGAGACUCUGGCUUCUCGGCACUUCUCAUCUACAAAUGCCUUAACAGCAAAUGGUUGGGAAGGGCUAACAGGCUCUCCAGGGGGAAAUGGGAGUAGCAACUCUCAUGAUCCUCCUACACGAGGUAUUCACAAGAGUCAUCGGCAGAAUUCUAGCAGUAGUCUUCUACCAGAAUCCACUUUGUGGAACUACAUCAUCCAGUUGACAGGAGCCCUACGGACCAUUCACACACAGGGCCUUGCAUGCCGCACAUUAGACCCUACAAAAAUCCUUCUUAUAGAUAACAAGGCAAGAAUCAGAGUCAACUGCUGUGGAAUUCAUGAUGUAUUGAAUUUUGAUCCAAAUGUUGCCAAUCCCCUUGCCAGUAUGCCGCAGUAUCAGCAAGAGGACCUGGUGAAUUUAGGUAAACUGAUGGUGGCCCUUGCAUGCAAUUCUGUGCUUGCAUUGCAAAGAGAUAAUAUCCAGACUGCCCUUGAAUUAAUCAAUCGCUCAUAUUCACGUGAUUUAGCCAUGCUGGUGGUCUGCCUCCUUACCUCGCAACGCAUCAAGAGUAUAAAUGAUGUUAUGCCAAUGAUUGGAGCAAGGUUCUAUACUGCAUUAGAAACAGCUACACAGAGAGCGGAUACAUACGAAUCUGAGAUUUCCAAAGAAAUUCAUAAUGGACGACUUUUCCGCCUUCUUACAAAGUUGAAUACUAUUGUUGAUCGUCCACAACUCCACUUGGAUUCAUCUUGGAGCGAGACUGGUGACCGAUAUAUGCUAAAGCUCUUCAGAGAUUACGUCUUUCAUCAGGUAACAGAUGAUGGGAGACCUUGGUUAGACUUGGCACAUAUAGUAUCAGUCCUUAAUAAAUUAGAUGCUGGAUCAUCAGACAAGAUAUGUCUAAUGUCCCAUGAUGAGCAGAACAUCCUGGUUACAUCCUAUGCUGAGUUGAAGCGUUGUUUUGAGAGAUCUUUCAAUGAAAUACUACAAGCUGCCUCAUCACACAAGACAGCAUUGUCCUAGCAAUGUCUCAUUUGCAUGUGGUUGCUUCAUUGUUCACUGUUACACUAGAAGUGAAGGAAAACAAUCAGUAAUUCAUCCUUUGUUACGGCUCUUGAGAGAACUCAUGGUUUGGUAAUCCCUAGGCUAAUGCAGAUUACCACUUAGACACUGAAAAGUAUGCAACAGUGAAAAUGGUAAGCUUAGUAAUCUUGGUCUGUUGACCUCCUGCCCAGUGUUCUAGCCAUUAGAGGAAUUGCAUUGAAGUUUCAGUAACACUGUCCAAUUUUCAUAAUCACCAGUGAUGAUUUAUGAAUUCCAGUUACUGUGUUGCACCAGGAGGGCAAGCCACCUUUCAUCACCAUGUCACUUGAAUCAGGUUUAAAGCUUCAGCUAGUUAAUAUUGUCAAGAUGGUUUCAUAUUUGUAUAACAUCUUCAAAUGGUAAAUAAUGAAUUCAUUGAGCGAAAUGUGCACUAUAAGUUUUCAGUGAGUGCUGUAUAUAUUUUACAGUAUCCAAAACACACAUGGAAAUCAUAUUGUUACAAAUGAUCAAAGCAUGUUGGCUUGGCUUGCAGUUUUGGGCAGCUGUUUUUUUAUGUUAAAACAUAUGUAUAACGCUUAAAGUAAAAGGUCAUAACUAAAUAUAUUUUUUUGAUAUAAAUGCAAAAUAAUUUUUUAGUAAUCAUGGUAUACAGUAACAACAAAAAUGGGUGAGAGGGGAAAGGGAGAGGCAGGAAAAAUUUCUGGCAGGAUGUGUCGUACUAAAGUAUUUGUUCCUUUAAUUUAAAGGUGCAUAUUAUCUGAGCUUUAAGCCAUUUGAAGAUGUCUUAGAUUAAAUUUAUUUAUUAAAUCAUAAAACACUUAUAAAGAAAACCAAAUUUUAUACUUUAUGAAAAUGCAUAGUCUUAGCUACAAAAAGAAGUUUUUAAAUAGAUAUUUCCAGUGAGAGAAAUGUAGGUUAAGUUAAUGCAAUUGGAAGAGUUACAUACGUUUGAGUCUUCUGUGAUAGGUGUGAACCUGGUCUGCUGUUAAUAGCAAGCAUUACUGAUCAAAAUGACUUUUCUCAAAUUUUUUCUUUUAUUUUUCUUAUUGUGAGAAGCAGUGAAAUAAUGCAUCUGUCGAAUGAAAUGCAUUUCAUUUGCAGUUAACUUUUAUCCUGAGUACUGUGAUUGAUUUUGCAAUAUGGAUUAACAGUAGCCUGAUUUAGUGUUGUACCAGAAGUACGGGGGUGUAUUUAGCAACUUCUGUGAAGUGAAAAUUGUUAAGAAAUAAUAUUGGUGAGCGAGCACAAAGUUAGUGUACUUACAAACUGUACAGAAAAUAUUUAAAGAUUAGGCUAGUGUCUUAAAGAUUCUUAUCACCACAUUCAUACUGAAUGGUACACUAGCUCUAUUUCAUAUUUAUUAGAUAUUAAAGAGUAUUAUUUAUUUUUUGUGGAGGAUAGUCAAAGCUUGAUAGGCUUUUGGACUGGUUUAGAUUAAGUAUUCUUUCCCUUAGCUCUAUUUUUUGCUAAUUCAAAUAAUGUAGUUUUUAUGUUUACAGUAUCAGACAAUUGAAACUUUAAAGUUUGAAUAGGAAAAUAAAUUUUCUUUUAAAAAAUUAGCCUUCAUUUCGUGCAUGCAACUUUUCUAAUAGAGAUACUGUACAGUAUAGUAGUAGAGCAAUGAUUGGUAUUAUUAAAAUUAUCUGACCUCUGAUAUCUGUACAAUUAGUACUGUCACGCAUACAAUUAUUUGCAAUAAUAGCUGGUUGCUAAAUGGUUUCUUCUCAGUAGGUCACUUUAUUGCAGCCUUAAGGUUGAGGAUGCAACCAAUACUACCUUCAAGAAAUAAAUUAAAUACCAAGAGUUGACAUAUACCUCUCAUUAACAGGCAAGUAUUGUAAUCAUGAAACUAUUUUUCUUAUCUGUAUUUGUAUAUAGGAACACAAAAUAUUGAAUGACCAUGCUGACAAAGCAUGUAAUAAUCCUAUUUGAUUUAUGCAUUACCAGUUUUAUUUAAUUUCUUUUAAAUUUGUGGGUGUUUUUGCAUGCUCUUAGACUUAUCCAUUCAAGACAUUUGACCAAAUAUAUCUUAAAAAAUAUGGGAAUUUUAAAAUGCAUUUUUUUUUGUAGUUCAGUUAACCAUUUAAUAGGUAGAUUACUUUGAAAUCAAAUUUAUAUUCCUUUUGGUUAUUUUGUCAGAUACUUAUUUAUACAUACAAACACACUAUAUAAAAUGCACUUUUUUCACAGUUGGAAGCUUUUGCAUGCAUGUAUGUCUCGGCAUACAUUUUCUUAUCUUGGGCUACAUGUGCCAAUGUGUGCACACACACAUUAAGUGAUACUUCAGUGAGCUACCUGAGGCUCUGCUACCACAGACUUUGUUGGAAGUUACUAUCUUAUUGGUAACUAAUAAAACCUGAGUAUGUAGUGUUAUUAUGAUGGAAAUCACCUUGGGAAUGGGAUUGCUGGAGAAUACAUCUAGAAAGGUACUAAUCAAACAAUUCUUUUAGGAUCACUUUUUUUUUUUUUAAUGUUUUGUUGAGUCGGCUAUUGGUGUGCCAUCAACCAGUUUCUUUAAUACUAUGAAAGCCAGUUUGUGCAUUAUAAAUCUUUAGAUUACAUUCAUACUUCAGAUUUUUUUUUACAUGUUGGCCAUUUCCCACCAAGGUAGGGUGACCCAGAAAGAAAGAAAGAAAAACCUUUCAUCAUCAUUCAACAAUUUCACCCUCACUCAUACAUAAUCACUGUGCAGAGGCACUCAGAUAUGACAGUUUAGAUGUCCCUCCAAGCUGCCAAUAUCCCAAACCCCUCCUUGUGAAUAUCUAGUAGUGUUUGUUUUACCUAUUUGUGAUUACGUACCUGUUUUGACAUAUUUGUGGCUACAAGAACUGAGUUAUGUAUGUUAUGUACAGUUUUCAAUAAUAAAGUAUUUAGUUUUUUAUUGUCAAAAGUCUCCAGAGAUUGUACUACACUUUCUUCUUGAAUCCUAUUCCACAUAUCUACAAAUCUAAUUGCGAAGAAUAUUUUCUAGUGUUUAAAGCACUUUUCUCAUAAUUUGAAAUAUGAUUUAUUUCUCUUAAUACGUUGUACCUGUACCAUGGCUUCCGUAACUGCAUUCUCAUAUUCUUGUAUGUUUUUUUAAUAUCCUUUCUUUUACUCUUUUUUUUUUAUAUAUAUUUUCUUUUUCACUUAAUUUAGUUGCAGACCCUUCAGUCUUUCUGUGUGAUUCAUAUUUUUAUGUUCUAGGAUCUGUUUUAUUGCAUGUCUUUGAUUUUUUUUUUUUUCCCCCCCAACAAGUCUGCCGUCUCCCACCGAGGCAGGGUGACCCAAAAAAGAAAGAAAAUCCCCAAAAAGAAAAUACUUUCAUCAUCAUUCAACACUUUCACCACACUCACACAUUAUCACUGUUUUUGCAGAGGUGCUCAGAAUACAAUAGUUUAGAAGCAUAUACGUAUAAAGAUGCACAACAUAUCCCCCCAAACUGCCAAUAUCCCAAACCCCUCCUUUAAAGUGCAGGCAUUGUACUUCCCAUUUCCAGGACUCAAGUCCGACUAUAUGAAAAUAACCGGUUUCCCUGAAUCCCUUCACUAAAUAUUACCCUGCUCACACUCCAACAGAUCGUCAGGUCCCAAGUACCAUUCGUCUCCAUUCACUCCUAUCUAACACGCUCACGCAUGCUUGCUGGAAGUCCAGGCCCCUCGCCCACAAAACCUCCUUUACCCCCUCUCUCCAACCCUUUCGAGGACGACCCCUACCCCGCCUUCCUUCCCCUAUAGAUUUAUAUGCUUUCCAUAUCAUUCUACUUUGAUCCAUUCUCUCUAAAUGACCAAACCACCUCAACAACCCCUCUUCUGCCCUCUGACUAAUACUUUUAUUAACUCCACACCUUUUCCUAAUUUCCACACUCCGAAUUUUCUGCAUAAUAUUUACACCACACAUUGCCCUUAGACAGGACAUCUCCACUGCCUCCAACCGUCUCCUCGCUGCUGCAUUUACCACCCAAGCUUCACAUCCAUAUAAGAGUGUUGGUACUACUAUACUUUCAUACAUUCCCUUCUUUGCCUCCAUAGAUAACGUUUUUUGUCUCCACAUAUACCUCAACGCACCACUCACCUUUUUUCCCUCAUCAAUUCUAUGAUUAACCUCAUCCUUCAUAAAUCCAUCUGCCGACACGUCAACUCCCAAGUAUCUGAAAACAUUCACUUCUUCCAUACUCCUCCUCCCCAAUUUGAUAUCCAAUUUUUCUUUAUCUAAAUCAUUUGAUACCUUCAUCACCUUACUCUUUUCUAUGCUCACUUUCAACUUUCUACCUUUACACACAUUCCCAAACUCAUCCACUAAUCUUUGCAAUUUUUCUUUAGAAUCUCCCAUAAGCACAGUCUCAUCAGCAAAAAGUAACUGUGUCAAUUCCCAUUUUGAAUUUGAUUCCCCAUAAUUUAAUCCCACCCCUCUCCAAACACCCUAGCAUUUACUUCUUUUACAACCCCAUCUAUAAAUAUAUUAAACAACCAUGGUGACAUUACACAUCCCUGUCUAAGACCUACUUUUACUGGGAAGUAGUCUCCCUCUCUUCUACACACACUAACCUGAGCCUCACUAUCCUCAUAAAAACUCUUUACAGCAUUUAGUAACUUACCACCUAUUCCAUAUACUUGCAACAUCUGCCACAUUGCUCCUCUUAUCCACUCUAUCAUAUGCCUUUUUUUAAAUCCAUAAAUGCAAUAAAAACUUCCCUACCUUUAUCUAAAUACUGUUCACAUAUAUGCUUCAAUGUAAACACUUGAUCUACACAUCCCCUACCCACUCUGAAACCUCCUUGCUCAUCUGCAAUCCUACAUUCUGUCUUUCUAAUUCUUUCAAUUAUAACCCUACCGUACACUUUUCCUGGUAUACUCAGUAAACUUAUUCCUCUCUAAUUUUUACAAUCUCUUUUGUCCCCUUUCCCCUUUAUAUAAAGGGACUAUACAUGCUCUCUGCCAAUCCCUAGGUACCUUCCCCUCUUUCAUACAUUUAUUAAACAAAAGUACCAACCACUCCAACACUAUAUCCCCCCCCCUGCUUUUAACAUUUCUGUCAUGAACCCAUCAGUUCCAGCUGCUUUACCCCCUUUCAUUCUACAUAAUGCCUCACGUACCUCCUCCACACUUACAUACUGCUCUUCUUCACUCCUAAAAGAUGGUAUACCUCCCUGGCCAGUGCAUGAAAUUACCGCCUCCCUAUCUUCCUCAACAUUUAAAAGUUCCUCAAAAUAUUCUCGCCAUCUACCUAAUACCUCCCUCUCCCCAUGUACUAACUCCCCUACUCUGUUUUUAACUGACAAAUCCAUACUUUCCCUAGGCUUUCUUAACUUGUUUAACUCACUCCAAAAUUUUUUCUUAUUUUCAUUAAAAUUUCUUGACAGUGCCUCUCCCACUCUAUCAUCUGCUCUCCUUUUGCACUCUCUCACCACUCUUCACCUUUCUUUUACUCUCCAUAUACUCUGCUCUUCUUAUAACACUUCUGCUUUGUAAAAACCUCUCAUAAGCUACCUUUUUCUCUUUUAUCACACCCUUUACUUCAUCAUUCUACCAAUCACUCCUCUUUCCUCCUGCCCCCACCCUCCUAUAACCACAAACUUCUAAUACUGCAUUUUUAAAACUAUUCCAACCCUCUUCAACCCCCUCACUACUAAUCUUUGCAUUAGCCCACCUUUCUGCCAAUAGUCGCUUAUAUCUCACUCGAACUUGCUCCUCCCUUAGUUUAUACACUUUCACCUCCCUCUUACUUGUUGUUGCCACCUUCCUCUUUUCCCAUCUACCUCUUACUCUAACUGUAGCUACAACUAAAUAAUGAUCCGAUAUAUCAGUUGCCCCUCUAUAAUCAUGUACAUCCUGGAGCCUACCCAUCAACCUUUUAUCCACCAAUACAUAAUCUAACGAACUACUUUCAUUACGUGCUACAUCAUACCUUGUAUAUUUAUUUAUCCUCUUUUUCAUAAAAUAUGUAUUACUUAUUACCAAAUCUCUUUCUACACAUAGCUCAAUUAAAGGCUCCCCAUUUACAUUUACCCCUGGCACCCCAAAUUUACCUACUACUCCCUCCAUAACAUUUUUACCCACUUUAGCAUUGAAAUCCCCAACCACCAUUACUCUCACACUUGAUUCAAAACUCCCCACACAUUCACUCAACAUUUCCCAAAAUCUCUCUCCUCUACACUUCUCUCUUCUCCAGGUGCAUACACGCUUACUAUAACCCACUUUUCACAUCCAAUCUUUAUUAUACUCCACAUAAUCCUUGAAUUAAUACAUUUAUAGUCCCUCUUUUCCUGCCUUCAACAUUAUUGCUACUCCUUCUUUAGCUCUAACUCUGUUUGAAACCCCUGACCUAAUCCCAUUUAUUCCUCUCCAUUGAAACUCUCCUACCCCCUUCAGCUUUGUUUCACUUAAAGCCUGGACAUCCAGCUUCUUCUCAUUCAUAACAUCCACAAUCAUCUCUUUCUUAUCAUUUGCACAACAUCCACGCACAUUCAGACUUCCCACUUUGAAAUUUCCUUCUUCUUAUUCUUUUUAGUAAUCUCUACAGGAAAAGGGGUUACUAGCCCAUUGUUCCCGGCAUUUUAGUUGACUUUUACAACACGUAUGGCUUACGGCGGAAAGAUUCUUAUUCCACUUCCCCAUGGAUAUAAAAGGAAAAGUAAUAAGACCAAGAACUAUUAAGAUAAAAUCAAAGAAAACUCAGAUGAGUGUGUAUAAAUAAACGUGUACAUGUAUGUGUAGUGUGACCUAAGUGUAAGUAGAAGUAGCAAAUGUACCUGUAAUCUUGCAUAUUUAUGAGACAGACAAAAGACACCAGCAAUCCUACCAUCAUGUAAAACAAUUACAGGCUUUUGUUUUACACUCGCUUGGCAGGACGGUAGUACCUCCCUGGGUGGUUGCUGUCUACCAACCUACUACAUGUCUUUGUACUGUAUAUAUUUUGCUAUUGUUUAACCCUAUUGGGGUUGGUGCCGUAGUACCACGAGUUUGAGCUCAGUAUCUGUGCAGUAGAACUACAUAAUGAACUCGGCUCACUUAGAUAAGCUGUGAGCGGUAAAUUUGGGCCUAGAUGUGAGAGAAUGGGUCUAUGUGGUAAGUGUGCACCACAUAAAAAAUCCUGCCCCUUGCAGUGCACAGUGGGAAAAAAAGCUGCAACCGUGUUUUUGGUUUAAAACAACUUUAUGGUGUAUUUUUGUAUGGUUUUUAUGGUUGUAUUCUCAGUCUAGUGGUCUCAUUUGAUAAAAUUGAAAGUAUGUUACAGUAGAGAUGAUUCUGAUUGGUUUCAAGAUGGAAAGUAGCUUGAAUUGAGCUCAAAGUAGCGGGAAUGUUAGAUUUUUGCCAAUAUUUCAGAGUACAUAAAUUAUGUCACUUGUUCAAUAUGUGUCCAGCUGGUCAGUUUAAUGUGCAUUCACGAAUGUGCUGACAUUAUUUAUGUAAUUAUUACAAAAAUGCAAUAGUCUGCAUAACAAUAAAUCUAUUUUUGUAUGAUUAAAAAUUCAAAAUGGAAGGCAAGUAUAAUAUAGGAGAAUCCUGGGGCUGUAACUAAUGAACAAAGGAAAUGUUUAUAGUGCCAGGAAUGUCUAUAUUUUUUUUUUCUGUUCCCUCUUUUUAAAUUGGCAAUUUUUGAAUUUUGUGUGAAAUUGGUCAAAUUACUGAUUUCUGAUCACUUUAUUGGGUAGUUGAAAUAGUUAAAGGGGUGGUUUCUUAUACUCAUUUGAUAGAAAGAAGGAAUAGUGAAAUAGGUAUGAGUUUGGCCAACUGGAACAAUAGAAUUGGCCUAAAAUAGGACUCAAAGUAGGCAAAAUCACCGAUGCCUAAAUAUUGCCAAGACCGCUAACUGCAAGAACAUAAUUCGGUAAGUUUUCCAUCAAAUUUCAUGUUUGUGGCUUCAUUACCUUCAGAGAAAGGUUCUCUAUCAUUCACAAGUUUUUUUUUUUUUUUUUUUUUUUUUAUCAACCCUGAGAGCAAUUCUCAAGAUCAAGGAUCCUGACCCUGAAAGGGGUCAAGACCCUUGAUCUGAGAAACAUGAAAAAAAAAAAAAAAUGCACCCCUGAAGGGGUGCAUUUUAGGUUAUUACCCAUUUAAGUUAGAUGGCAUUUGUCAGUGUUAUAUUUUGUUCAUUUAUUAUUCCAUAUUGUAAUUUGUCUAAAUCAUCAUGUUGGGUUUUGCAAUCACUUUGAUUUUCUACUUUCCAUAAAAAUUUUUUAGCAUCUGCAAA